AAGUUCCAAACAUCUAAUCCUUCCACUUCAAAACCAAAUUCAUCACAGGUAAAGUUUGAUGAGAGUGUAGUAACAUUAAUUUCACGUGACAGAGUUCACCCAAACACUUCAAUAUGACUUCUUCAGUAGUGGAACCCUGCACCUUUGAGGAUAUGCAGGUGGACCUUGAGAAGAAUGUUCAGCAGGAUGUAAGGUCUCAGUGGGUGCUUAAUGCACCUGAGCCUCCAAGUCCUUGGCAUGUGGCUUUAGAUUCUUUCAGGAAAACAGUCUCUAAUUAUAGAGAAAAAACUUCUUCUCUAAGUGAUCAAUCAUGUGGCACACUCCUACUUUCAGUUUUGCAUGUUGUUUUUCCUAUUCUUGUUUGGGGCAGAAGCUACACUGUUGCUAAGUUUAGGAAAGAUUUUCUUGCUGGCCUCACUAUUGCUAGUCUUUGUAUUCCUCAGAGCAUAGGAUAUGCAACAUUGGCAAACCUUGCUCCUCAAUAUGGACUUUAUACGAGUGUUGUACCACCGCUUAUAUACGCUGUAAUGGGAACAUCAAGAGAAAUAGCAAUUGGUCCUGUGGCCGUGGUUUCGUUGCUGUUAUCAUCGAUGGUUCAAAAAUUAGUAGACCCUUCUACUGAUCCAAUUGGUUAUACAAAGCUCAUUUUUCUUGCCACACUCUUUGCUGGUAUCUUUCAAACUUCAUUUGGACUAUUCAGGUUGGGGUUCCUUGUGGAUUUUCUGUCACAUGCUGCAAUUGUUGGAUUUGUAGCAGGAGCUGCCAUUGUGAUUGGUCUUCAACAGUUAAAGGGACUGUUUGGAAUUACACAUUUUACAACCAAAACAGACAUAAUCUCUGUCUUGAAAGCUGUUUGGGAAGCAUUUCAUAACCCUUGGAACCCUCAUAAUUUUAUCCUAGGAGGCUCGUUCUUGGUGUUCAUCCUAACGACUAGAUUUGUGGGUAAAAGGAAGAAGAAGUUGUUCUGGUUGGCAUCAAUUGCACCACUUGUAUCAGUUAUACUGUCAACUCUAGUUGUUUUUCUAACAAGAGCCGAUAAAAAUGGAGUUAAGAUUGUGAAACAUGUUAAAGGGGGACUCAAUCCAAGUUCCAUAAAUCAGUUAGACUUUAACAGUCCCCAUGUUGUAGAUGUUGCCAAAAUUGGACUAAUUGUUGCUGUUGUUGCCCUUACUGAAUCUGUUGCUGUUGGACGAUCUUUUGCAUCGAUCAAAGGAUACCAACUUGAUGGAAACAAAGAGAUGAUGUCAAUAGGCUUCACAAACAUCAUAGGAUCUCUCACCUCCUGCUAUGUUGCAACUGGUUCAUUCUCUCGAACCGCUGUUAAUUAUGCUGCUGGAUGUGAAAGUUUAAUAUCAAACAUUGUGAUGGCCAUUACAGUGAUGAUAUCACUGCAAUUUUUGACAAAUCUAUUGUAUUAUACACCAAUUGCUAUUAUUGCUUCAGUGAUUCUCUCUGCUCUACCUGGACUCAUAGACAUAAAUGAAGCUUACAAAAUUUGGAAAGUUGAUAAGCUUGACUUUCUUGCUUGUGCUGGUGCUUUCUUUGGUGUACUCUUUGCUUCUGUGGAGAUUGGUCUUCUAGUGGCGGUGGUAAUAUCAUUUGCAAAGAUAAUUGUGAUAUCAAUUCGACCAAGCACAGAAACUUUAGGAAAACUUCCUGGAACUGAUCUGUUUUGUGAUGUUGAUCAGUAUCCUAUGGCAAUUCAGAUUCCAGGGGUUAUGAUAAUACGUAUGAAAUCUGCAUUGCUUUGCUUUGCAAAUGCCAAUUUCGUUAAAGAAAGGAUCAUCAAAUGGGUCACUCAAAAAGGAUUGGAAGAUGACAAGGGAAAUUCAAAAAGCACCAUUCAACUUGUCAUUCUUGACACUUCGAAUUUGGUGAACAUUGACACCUCUGGAAUUGCUUCUAUGGAGGAACUGUACAAGUGUUUGUCUACACAUGGAAAGCAGUUGGCCAUUGCAAAUCCGAGGUGGCAAGUGAUACACAAGCUAAAGGUGUCAAACUUUGUCAGCAAAAUAGGUGGCAGAGUGUAUCUCACUGUUGAAGAAGCUGUUGCUAGCUGCAAGAGUAAUCAUUUCUAACUAAGUUGUUUAAUAUUGUAUGGAUGGAUAUGGCUACUAGCUUAUAAUUCAACUCUCCUUCUAUCUCCCUAUAUGAAUAGGGAGAUGCAUGCGUGUGUAAAAUAAGCUUAUUUGCUUUGUGUGUUGGAUUUCCAGUCCCAAAGUACGUUAUGCAUGAAAUUGGGACAUUGAAAUAAGUUACUACUAAUUUCGAAAUUCUUGUUAGAGAUGUACUAUAUGCUAAGUUUCUGUC